GCUCCUGAUAAGAAGUUGGCGAAGACGUUGAACGCCGACGACGACGAUGAGGAAUUGGGCAUGGGAAGUGGAGGAGAGGAAGGAGAGAUGGACAUGAAAGGCAUGAUGAAGGCGAUGAUGGGCAUGAUGAAAGGCAUGAGGAAGGACAUGAAAUGCAUUAAGAAGGAGACGGAGGAGAAGAUGGCCAGCAUUCAGCAGACCGUCGAGAUCGCCAGCGAUACCGCAGGGAAGGCCAUGGCGGAGUGUAAGAAGGUCCAGUCGGAGGUGAAAGGGGUCAAGGAUCAUAUCACCAAAUUCGAACGCGACCUGAGGGAGCUUCGCACUACGGUUCAGAAUCGGUCCGACACCAUCCCGGCCACCGACAACCUGCAGACGAUCGAAAAGGGCAUCCGGGAGCUGCAAGUCAUUGCUGCCGGCUUGCAGGAGGCCCAGGACGAGGAGGACAUUAUCGAGCAAGUCACGAAGCGUGUUGUUGAUUUGGGAGCAGGAAGCAAGCACACCGACAUCUUCGUUUACACUGACCCUUCCAAGAUUGGCGUCAUACAGUUCAAGUCGAUCGCAGCAAAGAUCGGCUUCCUCAAAAAAGCUUCCAAUACGACGACCAAAUGGGAUAAUGGCUCAGACAUGCGUUUUAAGAGCAACGAUAUACUGGCGAAGCGUACCAUCGACAAGGAGAUGGGGAAGGUCAAGAGUUUGUUGCACAAUGAGGGUCAAGGAUACAAGCUGGAGGACAUGAAGAUUAAGUGGAAGGAGAGGGUGGUGGAGUUGAAGGGACAGAAGACUUGGAAGAAGGAGGGAGGGGAAGGACUGCAGUACGAGGGAGAAGGGAAAACCGUAGAAGAGGCAGUCAAAUCCUUCAUGACGGCCUGGAAGAGCAAGCGAAUGGGCACCAUAGACGAGGAUCUGUGA